UGUGAUGUACUUGAACCCUUUUUUGUGGUUCUUUUGAUAUAUUUUUAUACUUAGAAGUGAUUAUUGGAAAUCUUAGGCUCUUAUUGAAUAGCUUUGUAUUUCAUGGAAAUGAAUUAGACAUUAAGCUAGAGGUAUAGGUACAUCAGAAUAUCCUGAAUUCAAUCACUUCUUUCUACUUCCAUUGCUGUUACUGCAGAAUUCUCCUGACUCUCCUCCCUUCUUCUGUCUUCCCCACAAUAGUCAUUGACCAAGGAUAGACAGAGUGGCCUUUUUAAGACUUCAACCAUACAAACUCUUCUACUAUAAUAUUCCAAAUUAUUUUCUAUUAUACUUCAAAUUAAAUUCAAUCUCCUCCAAGGCCCUCUUUAUCUCAUUACUCUGCUUUUGUUUUCCUUUAUAUUAGUUUGGAUAUGGUAUUUAUUAUUUAUUUUUCAGCAUUUAGUAGCUAUUUUCACCUUAGAAUGGUCCAUGAGAGUAUUGACCUUGCCUGUCUUUUUACUGCUAAAUACCUGGAACCUAGAACAAAGGGUAGGCAUAUGAUAACAUCAAUAAAUAUUUGUUUAGUCAAAGGAUGCAUGCCCUAAAGAUUGACUUUGGGCUAUAGAAUCAAGGAAGACCAUCUGGAGAUGUGUAACUUUUCCUGGUCUAAAAAAUAGGGUAAUUUGGGAGAAGAGAAGCUAGAAAUAUAUUUCAAAUAAAUGACACUAUAUGUACUAUAUAUAUGGUAUAGUUUUAGUAAGUUGUCAGUGAUGAAAGUUUGGGUUAGAAUUCUGUAUCCAUUAUAUGCUUCUGAAAAAUGAAACAAAUAACCCACCAGUUGAAAACAUAUUGCCAUAAACUGAUGAGAAACAGCAACUACCUCUAAGUAUUUAAAUUUUAAGCAAUUUUACUAAAUUGUGGUAUUAAAAUUGACUAAUUUUAUGUUCACUUUAAAUCCAUUUCCUAAAAGAGUCAAAACAGGACAUCUUUUUAAAAGAGCUAUGGAAGGUAGAAUGCUCAGGAAAUUGGGUGCUGAGUCAAGGGAAACUUCUGUUUCUGUUCAUUUAUCUUUCUGCUUUAGUUAAUUUCAUGUUAGAAUUUUAAAGACUAAAAACUGAGCAAUGGAACCCAAAUUCAGCUCUCUGCUAAAUGCACUGGGGAAAUCAAGUAAUCUGAGCUUCUGUAUAAUAUCACCUAUUCAUACUUUGACGGUUCUCCUAAAGUAGAACAUUAAAGGAAAAAAUAUAUGGUGAUUACCUCAGUGGUGUCUUAAGCACUGUGGUAAGUACUAUAGUGUUACCAAAACAAGACAAUAUUACUUUAUUCUCAAGAUGUUUACAGUUGCUUGAGAAAUUCAUCAUUAUAAAUUAUUAGAGUGAGAUUCUUAAUAAUUACCAUCAUAGCUAUGACUUACUCUGUGUAGACUAUGGGACAAGGAUUUUACAUACCUAAUUGUGUUUGGUAACCACAAAAAUCAUGUAAAGGGGUUUGUAUCCCCAUUUUAAAGAUAAGGAAGCUAAGGUUAAGAGAUUAAAUACACAAAUUUACAAAGCUAUUUGGUAGGCUAGGUUAUGAUUUGUAGACAGAUCUGCGUAAUGCAAAGUCCAUGUUAUUUUCAGUAUGCCAUGCUGUAAUUUUGAAUCCUGUUAAGUAUUAGCAGUUAAGCAUUGCUGAACUUUAUUCAUGAGGCCCUAGAGUCUAAAAGGCUCUAAAAGAAUCCUACUUUGUUUGAUGUCUAGAACAAUGCCGUCUGUAGGAAACCUGUUGUUUCUUCUCUGCAUAUAUUGGCUAUGCAGAGGCGCUGUAAAACAGGAUAGCACUAUAAUAUGCAGAAAUCUACAAAUUCUGAUACUUCUUUGGAAACACUGAAUUCUACUCGCCAAGGCACAGGAGCUGUGCAAAUGAGAAUCAAAAAUGCCAACAGCCACCAUGACAGGCUCAGCCAAAGUAAAUCCAUGAUCCUCACUGAUGUUGGGAAGGUCACUGAACCUAUAUCCCGACACAGAAGGAAUCAUUCACAGCAUAUCUUGAAAGAUGUCAUUCCUCCAUUGGAACAGUUGAUGGUUGAAAAAGAAGGUUAUCUGCAAAAAGCUAAAAUUGCAGAUGGAGGAAAGAAACUAAGGAAAAACUGGUCUACUUCCUGGAUUGUUCUUUCUAGUCGAAAAAUUGAAUUUUACAAAGAAUCCAAGCAACAGGCUCUGUCCAAUAUGAAAACUGGGCACAAACCAGAAAGUGUGGAUUUGUGUGGAGCACACAUUGAAUGGGCCAAGGAAAAAUCGAGCAGAAAGAAUGUCUUUCAGAUCACAACAGUAUCAGGAAAUGAGUUCCUUCUACAGUCAGAUAUUGACUUCAUCAUAUUGGAUUGGUUCCACGCUAUCAAAAAUGCAAUUGACAGAUUGCCAAAGGAUUCAAGUUGUCCAUCAAGAAACCUGGAAUUAUUCAAAAUCCAAAGAUCCUCCAGCACUGAAUUGCUAAGUCACUACGACAGUGAUAUAAAAGAACAGAAACCAGAGCACAGAAAAUCUUUAAUGUUCAGACUGCAUCAUAGUGCUUCCGAUACAAGCGACAAAAAUCGAGUUAAAAGCAGAUUAAAGAAGUUUAUUACCCGAAGACCUUCCCUGAAAACUCUGCAAGAGAAAGGACUUAUUAAAGAUCAAAUUUUUGGCUCUCAUCUGCACAAAGUGUGUGAACGUGAAAAUUCCACAGUUCCGUGGUUUGUAAAGCAAUGCAUUGAAGCUGUUGAGAAAAGAGGUCUAGAUGUUGAUGGAAUAUAUCGAGUUAGUGGCAAUCUGGCAACAAUACAGAAGUUAAGAUUUAUUGUCAACCAAGAAGAGAAGCUGAAUUUGGACGACAGCCAGUGGGAGGACAUCCACGUUGUCACCGGAGCACUGAAGAUGUUUUUCCGGGAGCUGCCUGAGCCGCUCUUCCCUUACAGUUUCUUUGAGCGGUUUGUGGAAGCGAUCAAAAAGCAAGACAACAACACAAGAAUUGAAGCUGUAAAGUGUCUUGUACAAAAACUCCCUCCGCCAAAUCGUGACACCAUGAAAGUCCUCUUUGGACAUCUAACUAAGAUAGUGGCCAAAGCCUCCAAGAACCUCAUGUCCACACAAAGCUUAGGGAUUGUAUUUGGACCCACCCUCCUGCGAGCUGAAAAUGAAACAGGAAACAUGGCGAUCCACAUGGUCUACCAGAACCAGAUAGCUGAGCUCAUGCUGAGCGAGUACAGUAAGAUCUUCAGCUCGGAGGAAGACUGACAGACAAGACAAGCUACUGAAUACGUUCACAUCUGUCUUGAUGCCUAAUAUUUUUACAUUUCUGUAAACAUAUUUCUGAAAUAUUUUUUGCCUUUCAAGCGACAGAUGCCUCAUUUUGUGAAAACUUAAUGAUGAUUUUGUGUUUAAGUUCCAAACAUUUGAAUAAAAUAAUUGACAAUA